AUGGAUUCGCCUCUGAACCUAACCUACUUUUCCCUCUCCACCCCCGCCCCUUUGGAGACCAACCGCAGCAGCCUUGACGCCGAAGACCCGCGCCCCAGCCCGCCCCUCCUCUCUGUCUUCGGUGUGCUUGUUCUGACCUUGCUGGGCUUUCUGGUGGCUGCGACGUUCUCCUGGAACCUCCUGGUGCUGGCGACCAUUCUCCGCGUGCGCACCUUCCAUCGAGUUCCGCACAACUUAGUGGCGUCCAUGGCCAUCUCGGAUGUGCUCGUGGCCGCUCUGGUCAUGCCACUGAGCCUGGUGCAUGAGCUGUCCGGCCGCCGUUGGCAGCUGGGCCGACGGCUCUGCCAGCUGUGGAUCGCGUGCGAUGUGCUCUGCUGUACGGCCAGCAUCUGGAAUGUGACGGCCAUCGCGCUGGACCGCUACUGGUCCAUCACCCGCCAUCUGGAAUACACACUCCGCGCCCGCAAGCGCGUCUCCAACGUAAUGAUAGUGCUCACCUGGGCGCUCUCCGCGGUGAUCUCCCUGGCACCGCUGCUCUUCGGCUGGGGGGAGACCUACUCUGAGGGCAGCGAGGAGUGCCAGGUGAGCCGCGAGCCCUCCUAUACCGUGUUCUCCACCGUGGGCGCCUUCUACCUGCCGCUCUGCGUGGUGCUCUUCGUGUACUGGAAGAUCUACAAGGCCGCCAAGUUCCGCGUGGGCUCCAGGAAGACCAACAGCGUCUCACCCUUAUCGGAGGCGGUGGAGGCGAAGACCUCUGCUCAGCAGCCCCAGAUGGUGUUCACUGUCCGCCACACCACCGUCACCUUCCAGACAGAAGGGGACACGUGGAGGGAACAGAAAGAGCAGAAAGCUGCCCUGAUGGUGGGCAUCCUCAUUGGGGUGUUUGCACUCUGCUGGAUCCCCUUCUUCACCACAGAGCUCAUCAGCCCCCUCUGCUCCUGCGACAUCCCCGCCAUCUGGAAGAGCAUCUUCCUUUGGCUGGGCUACUCCAACUCCUUCUUUAACCCCCUCAUCUAUACAGCUUUCAAUAAGAACUACAAUAGCGCCUUCAAGAAUUUCUUUUCUAGGCAACACUGA